AUGAACAGCAAACGUCCCUGCGAGCGACCGGUCCCCACUUGCAGGCGGCCUCUCGCCCGGGAUGACCCCUAUGGUUUGGACUCGGAGUCUUAUACUGCCCAGCGACUGGAGCAUGCCUCUCCCGAGCACCUGCAUGCUACGAGCCGUCGCUUGUUCAUUGGGCCAUUUCCCAAAGGGUGGUUGUCGAGUCACCGCAAGUCGUGGUACAAGUCAUGGCUAGGCCUUGGGAACUAUUCGUCUCGAGCAGCCACCUUCUCUGCCGAUGUCGAUUCGACACGCCACCACCAGCUAACGGGGCUCCUUGGGCCAUCCACGGCAGCCAUGUAUACUGUGAGCUUGCCACAAAUGGAACAUCCCACAGAGGAAACCAUCGAAGGGGACAUCCCGACUGGCGAACCGGAAAUUGAACCCGCCACUCUGGCCCCCGCGGAUACCUCACACGGGGUCGCAAAUCGCCCUGUGGCGGAGCAAAAUCCACAGCCCACGGCUGUGGCAUCGCCAAAACAGCACUCAGGCUCCGCAGCGUCCGGUUCACCACCUCGACCAAAGUUCUUGUCGGAACAAUCCAAUUUCACUCUAAGACGCUCCUCGUCUAGUAAAGUUCCGGACACUUUCUAUACAGCUCCAGAAUCUCGUGGGACGACCAGAAACAAUGGUCAACCUUUAGAAAACCCAAACACAGACGUUUCACCUAACAGUAUUGAAACGCAAUGGAAUGCUGAUUCUACUUCUGAGACAUUGUUAUUACCGCGUACAAAUCCCGUCAAUGGUUCUGUUCCACAUGAACACCUGACACGCAACCUCCAACAUGAAGAGCCUACACAUCUUGAACAAGAGGAAAUUGGCAAUGAAAGUCGUCACCAACGCCUUAUUACUCGUGUGGCGUCUGGCAUUGUUCGUUUUAAUCUAGAAGAUAAUAUUGGCGAUCGACAAAGGCGCAUUCAAAGCCGGCUUGUUGGAACCUCGAGCGAACAAGGUCGAACAGCAAGGCAACAACGGCAGGCGAGCCGGAGUGGUGAAGUUUUAAGGGCUGAGAGAAUGCUCGUUCGUAUUGAGACUACUGCAAAACCUGUUCCAGAUGACUUUAAUGAAAAUGACAGUAUAAAAAUCGAUACAAAAGUAAUAUCCAAGUGGAGGGAAUUUCUCGUCGUAUGUCGGCAGGGACACGAAGACAGUGUCCCUUUUCUACUUCAAUUCUAUAAAACUCGCGUGAUACCACGCAGACAGACCUCCGAUAUGAAGAAAAAGUGUUCGCACGAAAUUCCUGUCACUCGCAAUUAUACGAGAGUGAAUCUAUUUUCCACGCUUGACAAGACAUUAGUUGUCUGGCAACCGUACAAACUCGGGACUCGGAUUUUUAUUAUGCGCCCUAUGUCAUCUGCCCACUCCGUUGAGUGGUAUACUUUCCUCCGUGGGGCGUUGGGCUGGAAGCCUCCAUCCACACUUGUUGUUAAUAUUCCCGACCUUGAUAUAUCACUGCAUCUUCAGAAUCCAUUUGCACAUCUUGGGCAGAGCUUCGGAGCAAGUGAUGACGUUUGCGCUACGUUGCUGAAAACCAUGAAAGAGGAGCGAGCCAUUGCACCCGGCAUUGUGAAAACGUGCCUUGACACUUUAUCGCAGUGUAGCGAAUGGAAUAAAAUAUUAUCCAUGUGGGGGAAGUCGGUGAAAAUGGGGCUUGCUUGGAGGCGAUACGAUCGACUUGAAUGGGUACAAGGCGCAAAUGAACAGAGAAUGUAUGGAACCAUUGCCAUGCGCACAACCCACGAACUGGAGUUGCGUCCAAAACAACAUUAUCCCACAUCCGCACAGCCUGGGACAACGGCCUGCAGGCUGGAGGAGCCGCGGCCUACGGAGGGCUUUUUGAUCCUCCUAACAUCUCAAAGAGGAAGGCAGACUUUGCUAGGAAAGGAUUUCUUCAAAAGGCUGUACUUCUUUACACAAGAUCAAUACCUCUGCUUCUGCAAGCCAGCUAAGGCGACACCUCCAGCGCCUCCUAAGCUCCGUGCAGCACGAGGAAGUCAUGUUCCUACGUCUACUGAGAUCAGGAGGGAGUUGCCAAUAAUUUACGAAGUGAAUCCAUUCCCCAUCGAAGACGGAGAGAUCGCCUGGCUUUUGAUAGGGCGUAAAGAGUAUGCAAAACAGCACGACGCAGAAGCUUUUGCGGAGAACCGUCGGGCUGCGAAGAAUGCCACCAAUACAGAAGGGUAUAUUAACCUCUGCAGGGUGAAAGAAAUACGCCCCGUUUCUUCUCAGUACCACGAAGACGAGCAGAAUGCACAUACAGGUGACAUUGAAUACCAUGGAGAGAGACCAAGACUCGCCAGUGGCGCAAGAAAUGAGACUAAGGAUGAUCGAUCUUUUGAGAUUGUUCUAGAGGGAGGGCUGGUAGUGAAAUUUCGGGCAUAUAACGCACAAGCCCGGCACGAAUGGGUCCAAAGUCUAACUCAGCUUUCGGAGUAUUGGAAAGCUCGUACUAAGGAGGAUAUCACCUUAUUGAAACGUGUUCGACGACGGAACUUGAAACGACUUGAGAUUGACGAGGCUCAAGAAUCCUCCGUGGGACAGUUUGCAGAAAAAUGGGAAGUUUCAAAAGCCGAUGCAUCGCCAGAACUGUUUCAUACCUGUGGUAUGUCGGGGUGUCGUUUGAUUAAGAUGUCUGGAAAUUUAUACCGUAGGCCCCGCCGCCAUGGAGCCUUCACCAAGUGCAGCGUCUUGUUGAUUGAAGGCCAGCUGCUUAUUUUCCGAAAUUCCCUUCGGGCAUGGACGGGAGCAGAACUACCUCAAACACAUUGUACUCGACAAGCUGUACUGGACCUUCGAGACUGCUAUGUAUACAGUGGAAUAAUCACUUCUUCCGAUCUUCUAUAUCAAAAUCAGACACUUGAGAGCAAUCUUCCCAACCAGCAAUCACGACCAAGGAUAUACACGGACGAUGCAUGGACAAGUGCUGAUGAAGACACAGCUACUUGUUUUGUUAUAUGGCAUGCCACAAGAAAGGCUUUGUUCAGAGGUGAACAUACGGAUAAAGAUCGUAUCAAAAGGAGGCGAUGGAGGCAAGUCUCCGCUCUAGGCGUGCCAGGUAGAUCUAUUGUGUUCAAAACAAGGAGCAGAGCUGAAAGAGACAUGUGGGUUCUGGCGAUUGCAACAGAAAUUGAUCGCCUACAGCAACGGGAGGAUUUGAGGAUAGUCGAAGCAUCAUAA